AUCCAAGUUGAGAGCUCAGUUUGUUAUCUUUUUCAUCUCUUGGCUUGGAAGCAACGAUUUUCAGAAGCAACUUGCAGAGUAAUAAUCUCUGCGUCUAUAAAUAUAUAUUCUUUGUGUUACAGUCUCUGAUAUAAUUCUGUAACACUUAGACAUGGCCAAGACUAGUAUUACUGUAUUAUAUUCACUCUUAUCAGUCACGUUCUUGAGCUUGGUGCCAACCCAAUCAGCUCCUGAGGCAGCUCUCAUAACCCAGAUUCCUGGAUUCAACGGCACUCUUCCUUCAAAGCACCGUUCUGGGUAUGUGACAAUUGAUGAGAGUCAUGGGAGGAACUUGUUUUACUAUUUUGUGGAAUCGGAGAGGAAGCCGUCGGAGGAUCCUGUGGUGCUGUGGCUGAAUGGUGGACCUGGUUGCUCCAGUUUUGAUGGCUUUGUCUAUGAGCAUGGGCCAUUCAAUUUUGAAGCAGCAAAGACCAAGGGAGGUCUGCCCAAAUUGCACCUUAAUCCAUACAGCUGGUCAAAGGUUUCCAACAUUUUAUAUUUGGAUUCUCCUGCUGGUGUUGGGCUUUCUUACUCCAAAAACAAAUCUGACUAUAUUACUGGUGAUCUAAAGACUGCAUCUGAUAGCCACACAUUUCUCCUAAAGUGGUUUGAACUUUACCCAGAGUUCCUCUCCAACCCGUUUUUCAUUUCGGGAGAGUCUUAUGCUGGUGUAUAUGUGCCAACACUUGCUUCAGCAGUUGUGAAAGGAAUUGAUGCUGGUACAAAGCCCAAAAUCAACUUCAAGGGUUAUCUUGUGGGAAAUGGAGUCACAGAUGAGGAAUUCGAUGGGAAUGCCAUUGUUCCAUUUGCUCAUGGGAUGGGACUUAUAUCAGAUGAUCUAUUUGAGGGGGUAAUCAAUGAGUGCAAUGGAAACUACUAUGAGCCAAAUAGUGAAACUUGUGACAACAAGCUUGAAAAAGUUGACAACGCCAUAGAAGGUUUGAACAUCUAUGACAUUCUAGAACCAUGCUAUCACAGCACAGAUUCUAUGAAAAUUUCAACCGUAACUAGUAACAUACCAUCUAGCUUUCGAAGGUUGGGUGAAACUGAAAGGCCUCUUGCUGUGAGAAAAAGGAUGUUUGGUCGAGCCUGGCCUCUUAGAGCUCCUGUAAGAGCUGGACUGGUUCCAACUUGGCCACAGCUUAUGAAUAGUGAGGAAGUUCCAUGCACUGAUGAUGAGGUUGCAACUGCAUGGUUGAACAAUGCAGCAGUUAGGAAGGCAAUCCAUGCAGAAGAUGCAAGCGUGAUUCCCAGUUGGGAAUUGUGUACAGACAACAUUCGUUUUUACCAUGAUGCUGGGAGUAUGAUCCCAUACCACAAGAAUCUGACUUCGAAGGGAUACCGUGCACUUAUAUAUAGUGGUGAUCAUGAUUUGUGUGUUCCAUUCACCGGGAGUGAAGCAUGGACUAGAUCACUUGGUUACAAAAUUGUGGAUGAAUGGAGGCCAUGGACUUCCAAGGGACAAAUUGCUGGGUAUACACAAGGGUACGAAAAAAACCUCACAUUUUCAACCGUAAAGGGCUCCGGUCAUACGGUUCCAGAAUACAAACCUCAAGAGGCAUUAGAUUUAUAUAGCCGAUUCUUGGCUGGAAAACCACUUUAGGAAGACCAAAUUCAGAGAAAUAGAGCAGUGUUGCUAUUUACUGCUACACUGUAUGAACUCUUAUUAGAUGAAGGAAAUAAUUUGAUGAAAAAGGAGCAGUCUCCUUGAUUUCAAUAACGUAAACUUUUUGUGUUACUACGAGCUUCAUACUUGCAUUACUUCAUACUUGGAGAUCGAAGCAGCCAACCAGUAUUAUCGCAAACCGAUGAUCUGAGACUGGUGACUCCGAUGUAUAAGAUUUCUCAUGGAAAAUUGAGGAUGGGAAAUUCAGAGAAAUAAACCCGUAGGCACAUGGAGACUUGACAACAUUGAGUUGAAUAUAUAAAUCUGGUUAUCAGUA